AUGAAAGAACAAAACAAGGACCCAGUUUAUUUAUUACAAGAGCCACAUAUGACAGACGAAGUUAAAGUAAUUGACAAACAAUCGUUGGAAUAUGUCAUGCGGUCAGGAAUUGCUGGAGGUAUAGCGGGUUCAGCAGCUAAGACUUUGAUUGCUCCCUUGGAUAGAAUAAAAAUUUUAUUCCAAACGAGUAAUCCUGAAUUUUUGAAGUAUAGAGGGACUUUUCUGGGACUCAUCAAAGCAGGCAGGCACUUAUAUAUGAGCGAUGGAAUUUAUGGUUUGUUUCAAGGUCACAGUGUUACCUUGAUAAGGAUAUUCCCAUAUGCUAGUAUUAAGUUUGUAGCCUACGAACAGAUUAGAACUUUAUUCAUUCCCAAUGAUAGUUAUGAAACGGCAGCAAGAAGAUUUAUGGCGGGAAGUAUCUCUGGGUUGUGCUCCGUUUUUUUCACUUAUCCUUUGGAUUUAAUCAGAGUCCGUAUGGCAUUUGAGACUAGGCAUUUACAGCAUGGGAGAAAUCAUAUUGGCUCCCAUAACCAUGCCCUGUUUGUUCUGCAUCACAAGGGCAGACUCACAUCUACUAUAGCCUCAGUUUAUAGAGAGCAUCCACCCCACAGAGCAAAUGAUCCUAAGUGGUUGAAGCUAAUGAGAUCUUCCUUUCCAGAAUCGUUGGUGGCAAUACUGAAUUUUUAUAGAGGAUUUGCUCCCACGAUCAUGGGGAUGAUUCCUUACGCUGGUGUCAGUUUUUAUGUUCACGAUCUGAUUCAUGAUAUUUUGAGGUCUAAUACAUUUAAAAAGUACACAGUGAAGGAACUGCUUAUUCAAUCAACCACGAACGUUCCAAAAGUUGUGAAGAAGGCUGGUAGUGGCAAGGAAGAGAUAUCAUCGAGAGACUCCCGUGCACCACUAAGAGCUCCGGCGCAACUUUUCGCCGGAGGAUUAGCUGGGAUGUGUUCGCAAACUGCAGCUUAUCCAUUUGAAGUGAUUAGAAGAAGAAUGCAAGUAGGUGGAGCGGUGAAUAGCGGGCAGUUUUUAUCAUUUAAGCACACGGCAAGAUUGAUUUUUCAAGAGAGUGGACUCCGUGGUUAUUUCGUUGGUUUGACUGUAGGUUAUAUUAAAGUCGUACCUAUGGUUGCUUGUUCCUUCUACGUAUAUGAGAGAUGCAAGAUUCUCUUUGGAAUAUAG